CUUUAUUUGUGGGAAAGCCGUGCAAUCAUGACGUAUUUGGCCAAUCAGUACGGCAAAAAUGAUUCUCUCUAUCCAAAAGAUCCAAAGAAACGAGCUUUGGUUGAUCAGAGGCUAUAUUUUGACUUGGGAACUUUAUACUCAUCAUUUGCCGAUGCUUACUAUACGUGGAUAUUUGCCGGCAUUACUCCGGAUCAAGCAAAACAAGAUAAGAUGAACAACGCGUUGUCCUUCUUGGAUAAAUUCCUAGAAGGUGAAAACUACGUAGCAGGGAAAACUUUAACUCUCGCUGAUCUUACUUUAGUUGUUACC